AUGGGGAAGUGCCGUCGGCCCCGCACAGCCUUCACCAGCCAGCAGCUCCUGGAGCUGGAGAACCAGUUCAAGCUCAACAAGUACCUGUCCAGACCCAAGCGCUUUGAGGUGGCCACGUCACUGAUGCUCACCGAGACGCAGGUGAAGAUCUGGUUCCAGAACCGCCGCAUGAAGUGGAAGCGGAGCCGCAAAGCCAAGGAGCAGGGGGCUCAGGCAGAGGCUGAGAAGCAACGAGGGCUCAGCCAAGCCUGUGAGAAGCUGCUGCCCGGUGAGCCCCGGGGACAAGCUGCCAAAAGCCCCGAGUUCAUGGAGUGCAGCCCCGGCUCGGGCUUCCUGCACCGCAGCACCGCUGAGCUGGGCUAUGGCCCGGACUCCUCCUGCUCAGGGGGCGAGGAGGAAGAAGAAGAGGAGGAGGAUGAGAUGGGUACCACGGAGAGGAAGAUUGGCUCUGUGUUGUGA